GUUUUUUUCUGUACAAAAAUUACAGGCCAGCCAUGGCGACUGAACAAGGGCUCUCGUCACGUGCAGCCCACAGACAAGAUUUCACGGACGUCGAUUCCGAUGACGAAGAAGAGGAAAUGGUUAACGAAGAAGAGGAAGACGAAGAAGAAGGAGAAGAAGAAGAAGAAGAAGAAGAAAGCUCAUCACAUAACAAGAAUUAUUGCACGAGAAUGUUCUCCGAGUGCGGUGGUGGAGUUCGAAGAACCCGACGGGGUUGGUCUUGUGGUCAAGUUUUGGACCCGAGAGCCAAAUGGGUUCAAGAAUGGAAUAGGAUUUUUCUCCUGGUUUGUGCAACGGGACUCUUCGUGGAUCCUCUCUUCUUCUAUGCUCUCUCUAUAAGUGACACGUGUAUGUGCCUCUUCAUCGACGGGUGGUUUGCCAUCACUGUCACCGCUCUCCGGUGCAUGACCGACGUGUUACACGUAUGGAACAUGUGGUUGCAGCUCAAGAUGGCCAAGCAAACCUACGGUGUUGGUGUUGCAGCCGCCACAGCUGCAGGCGGUGGCUCCUUUGGCAGUUCACGCUCAGUGGCUCUCCGUUACUUGAAAGCCAAGAAGGGCUUCUUCUUUGAUCUCUUCGUUAUUCUCCCUCUCCCUCAGGUUGUGCUGUGGGUGGCCAUCCCGGCUUUGUUAGAGAAAGGUUCAAUAACUCUAGUGAUGACAGUGUUCUUGAUUAUGUUUCUGUUUCAAUAUCUUCCGAAAAUCUACCACUCUGUGUGCCUCUUGCGCCGCUCGCAGAACCUAUCUGGUUACAUAUUUGGAACUGUUUGGUGGGGUUUUCUUCUCAACAUGAUAGCUUAUUUUGUUGCCUCACACGCAGCAGGAGCUUGUUGGUACUUGCUGGGAAUUCAGAGGUCUGCAAAAUGUUUGAGAGAGCAAUGCAGAUUAACAGAUGGCUGUGACCUUCGCUUACUGUCAUGCAAAGACUCUAUUUACUAUGGCACAACGUCAAACAUUAUGAGAGAUAGAGCGAGAGUGGCCUGGGCAGAGAACAAGCAAGCCAGAUUUAUAUGCUUAGACGGUUCCAGAAACUACAACUAUGGUUGUUAUGAAUGGACUGUUCAACUUGUCGCCAAUAAUAGCCGCUUGGAAAAAAUUCUACUUCCCAUAUUCUGGGGCAUAAUGACUCUCAGCACUUUCGGCGGCUUGCAGAGCACACCAGACUGGUUAGAAGUUGUUUUCAACAUUAUUGUUCUAACCAGUGGACUUAUUCUAGUGACCAUGUUGAUCGGAAAUAUCAAGGUGUUCUUGCAUGCAACAACAUCAAAGAAACAAGCGAUGCAGUUGAAGAUGAGGAACAUAGAAUGGUGGAUGAGGAAGAGGCAAUUGCCGCAAGGGUUCAGGCAGCGAGUCCGCAACUAUGAACGGCAGCGAUGGGCGGCCAUGCGCGGCGUCGAUGAGUGUGAGAUGAUCAGGAAUCUCCCUGAGGGCCUUCGGAGAGACAUCAAGUACCAUCUCUGUUUGGACUUAGUGAGACAGGUACCAUUAUUCCAGCAUAUGGACGAUCUAGUUUUGGAGAAUAUAUGUGAUAGAGUAAAGUCUCUGAUAUUUACGAAGGGAGAAAUUAUAACAAGAGAGGGUGACCCAGUUCAGAGAAUGUUAUUUGUGGUAAGGGGACAUCUUCAGAGUAGUCAAAUUUUGCAUAAUAAUAUAAAGAGUUGCUGCAUGUUAGGCCCUGGAAACUUCAGCGGCGAUGAGCUCUUAUCCUGGUGCCUGCGACGGCCCUUCGUCGAAAGGCUUCCGCCGUCGUCAUCGACUCUAGUGACCCUGGAAACCACAGAGGCAUUUGGCCUGGAUGCUGCUGAUGUAAAAUAUGUUACACAACAUUUCAGGUACACUUUUGUUAAGGAACAAGUGAAGAGAAGUGCAAGAUAUUACUCUCCAGGAUGGAGAACGUGGGCAGCUGUGGCAAUUCAGCUGGCUUGGAGGAGGUACAAGCUCCGAUUAUCGCUCACUUCAUUGUCGUUUAUACGGCCACGGAGACCUUUGUCGAGGUGCCCGUCGUUGGAGGAGGAUAGGCUUAGGCUUUAUACUGCUUUGUUGACUUCUCCAAAGCCAAAUCAAGAUGAUUUUGACUUCUGAAGAAAAGUUACGAUGAAAUCAUGACCGGAAUAUGGAAUUCAUUUUGUUUAAUUUUGUAAAUUCUCUGUUAACAAACCUUGAACGUCUUUUAAUAACUUUUUAUUAAGCUUCAACAUUUUCACCUAAGCUAGAUGUUUAAGUGACAAACAAAUGAGAUUUUCGUGUUCUUUUCAAAUCUCAGUAACUUUCUG